CUAGUGUCAAGUGUCAACAACAACACGUGAAGAUUUUACAGAGUUGAGCUAAUGUUGAAAAAUUUAUCUUAUUUCUUAAAAACCUAGCUUAAACAUUAAAGUAUUUUUUAAAUAUAAUAUAGAAUAACCUUCUUUAUUACAAAUUCUUCAUUAAAUCUUAAUAUGGGAAAAGCAAAGAAACUUAAACCUUCACAAGUGGGAAGGAAUGUGCCUCUUGCUGAUCAAAUUGAAUCUUUAGAUUCUUUAAAGAUAAAGAAUAGAAUAAAAGAGAAAAAUCGUCACGAAGAGGAUGAGGAGUUUGUCAACUCAGAUUUAUCGAAGAAAAUCUUAAGAGCCGCUAGGAAACAGCAGGCUGAAGUUAGUGAUAUAACACCAUCUUCGUCGAAAAGUAUAACUAAAUUGUCAAUCAAUGAAUCAAAUUCAGAUAAAGAUGGAGAUUCCGACAAUGAUACUCUUGAACCUGAUACCUAUUAUGAUAAUAUAGAAAUAAAUGAGGAAGAUGAACGAGCAAUUGAAAUGUUUAUGUCUGCUAGGCCUGAAAAAAUGAGGACAUUAGCGGACAUUAUAAAAGAUAAGAUAACUGACAAACAUACAGAGUUACAAUCCCAAUUUUCUGAUGUAGAAACGUUGAAGUUGCAGAAUAUUGACCCAAGAAUAAAGACUAUGUACCAAGGAGUUAGAGAUGUGCUACAAAAGUAUAGAUCUGGAAAAUUACCUAAAGCCUUUAAAAUGACCCCACAUUUACAAAAUUGGGAACAAAUUCUUUAUAUUACUGAACCAAGUACAUGGUCUGCAGCAGCUAUGUAUCAGGCAACUAGAAUAUUUGCCUCAAAUCUAAAGGAGAAAAUGGCACAAAGAUUUUAUAAUUUGGUGUUAUUACCCCGUGUAAGAGAUGAUGUGGCAGAAUAUAAGAGGCUAAACUUUCACUUGUAUCAAGCUCUUAGAAAAGCUCUCUUUAAGCCAGGGGCAUUUAUGAAGGGAAUAUUGUUGCCUCUUUUAGAAGCGGGUGACUGCACUUUGCGAGAAGCUAUUAUAAUUGGUUCGGUAGUAGCAAGAAAUUCAGUUCCAGUGCUUCAUUCAAGUGCAGCGAUGUUGAAAAUAGCUGAAAUGGACUAUACUGGAGCUAAUUCAAUAUUUUUGAGAAUACUUUUCGAUAAGAAAUAUGCUUUACCGUACAGGGUUGUUGAUUCUGUUGUAUUUCAUUUCCUAAGAUUUAAUAAUGACCAUCGGACACUGCCAGUGCUGUGGCACCAGUCUUUAUUAACAUUUGUACAGAGAUACAAAGCUGAUAUAUCAACAGAACAGAGAGAUGCUCUUUUAGAAUUAUUAAAAAAGCAAUCACAUCCAACUAUUACACACGAAAUCCGACGGGAGUUACAAGCUGCUAAAUGUAGGGAUAUUGAAGUAAAUGAAAUAACACAGAAUUGUAUGGUUGUUGAAUAAAUUUAUAUUAUUGAAA